CGAUAUCAAAUCGUUUUGUUACUAAGUGUCAACCAUAUCUCGACAACGAUGCAUUCUUACUCGACUAUUAUUGUUGCUAAAUGUUUGUUGUGUUUUGUUGUUAUUAUAAAUCAUAAACAGGGUAACUAUUUAGGCUGUGCUAUUGUUGAUUCUAGUCAUCAUGUUCAUCCUGCAUCAUACUCCUUUGAUGACCUAGUUGUGCGCGGCUUGUUUGUGGACAAGAGUCUGAUCGUGAAAGAGUUCAUGGAAAGUGAAUGUGGUAUUAACAUUGUCACAAGACCACGCAAGUGGGGGAAAAGUGUCAAUCUAGAAAUGAUCAAAAGGUUCUUUGAGGUCGAAGUCAGUGAUAUUGGAAUUCAUAGAAAAAUAAGUCAAAGGAAAAAUCACUUUUUAUUUGAAGGAGGGGAAAUGGAACUUGCUGACGGGACGAGUAGAAUGUUGAGAGCUUUAAACAUUGCGAAUUGCUCUACUUCCAUGAAACGUCUCGGGAUGAUUCCUGUAAUUCUGUUCAAACUACCUUCAGCAAAAGGUAAGAACUACAAAGCUGUUGAAGACAAGCUGAAAAAGGAAAUAAAGGACAUGUACGCAAGUCAUAGUUAUCUGAAAGUGUAUAUGGGUCAUGAAAAUAACAUGUUGAAUAACACGGAAAAGGCACAGUUAGCGAGGUACUUUUCCAGGAAACAACUUAAUCUGCAAGAACUUGAGAACGGCCUGUACCAUUUAUGCAAAUUACUGUACGAUCAUUUUUUGAGAAAGGUGAUUAUCCUAAUUGAUGAGUAUGAUGCCGUCAUAAACCACGCAGUUGAGAACUUUGUCAAUAACAGCGAUGAGGUACAAAAAGUUUUAGGUUUGUUACAAAAAGUGUUUAGAGGUGUAAUUAAAAACCCUUACAUGGAGAAGUGUCUUGUAACGGGAACUCUUCCAUUCACUGAAGACUCUUUGUUCCCAAACUCCACAGAUGUGUGCAUCCAUUCUGUUUUGGACGAGAAGUAUUCUCAAAACUUCGGGUUUUCUGAGCUAGAAGUAGAUGAAAUUUUAAAAAGUGCAAACUUAUCCAACUUUACUACAGUUGAUAAAAUGAAAUAUUGGUACAAAGGUCAUUUUCAUGGAGGAAAGAUGGUGUACAACCCUUUAGAUAUCAUGGGCUUUGUAUCGAAUCGUGGGAAACUUUUGGAUUUCUGGGUGGACAGUGGAAGAGUCAAAUCCUUAGAUGAAUACUUGGUGACUGACGAGGCCCAAGAGGACCUCCAAAGACUUUUAGAUGAUGAAGGAAUUGUCAAGCCACUGAGUAAUUACGAAGGUGCUCCCUCGAAUGAAGAAGAGUUUCACAUCUUUUUCGGAAUUUUCUAUAGAAUCAUGGUGCACCAAGGGUACUUGAAUGCAUUCAACCAUAGCGAAUCUGGUCGUGACUAUUUGUUGAGAAUCCCGAAUCAGGAAAUAAGAAAUGCUCUUGUCGAAUACAAAACAGAUUGGUUCUGCAACAAGCACGAGAUUAUGGUGAGUGAAAUCCACGAUUUUGUUGGAUGCUUGAUUACAGGCCAGUUAAGUGAACUCAGGGAGAAUUUGUUGCGUAUCUUUGACAAUUUUAAAAACUUGAGCCUAAAAGUGGAGAAAGAUUAUCACAGAGUUAUGAGUGAAAUUCUGAGCCGGCUAUCGAAUCACAAUUUGAUCAUCUCCAACAGACAUUUUGAAGUAGGAAAGUUGUACCAUAUGAUAGUACCGAGAAGCAAAUACCAGGGACACUCGGCUUUUGUGCUGGAAUAUGGAGUUCUGGAUCAGUACAACACUUCGGUGAGGAUGACUAAACAACUACAGAGUUUGGCCCAAAAAACUCUGGAACGAAUGGACAGCAAUGUCUAUGGUCCUAUGUUGGUUCAUUACAAGUACAUUGAUAAAGUUACCACAAUAGCAGUGGCAUUUUAUAACAAAUCGUUAGAAUUAUCUUAUAAAGUAUUCAAGCAAAAUUAAUUAUUAUUGUAGUUUAAUCUGUAAACUUACUUCAUACAGAAACGGAUUGAUUAUUAGAUUGUGAUUCUUCUUAAUUGAUUAGACUAAAGAAAGUGAAGGGUUAUAAUAGAAACUUCAUGGGAUAAAAUGUUAUCUAUACAGGGUAAAAAACAUAUCCAAUCCGAUUUUUGACGGCUACUGAUACAACUAAAAUGGAAUUUUAGGAUGUUUUAAGCCGAUUGGACUUACUUUUGGGUACAACGAAACUAUUACCGGGUUCCUGCUUCUCAAAAAAGAUGCACAUUAACUUACCAGAUAUAAAAUAAUUUCUUUAUGGCAAUACAAAUAAUAAAUUAAAAGGAGUAAAAAUAUUGCAUUCAGAUCGAAUUUUGUUAUUUUUUAUUUAGUUUUGAGACAUUACAACAUCUUAAAAUAAUAUGAAAAAAGAUAUUCUAUAUUAUUAAUUAAUAUAUAAAAUUCUAUAUUAUAUUUACUAAUAAGAGUUUGGAUAGUAUAACAUCGAAGUUGCUUGCAGACUUCAGCAUUUUCAUUAUUCAUUUGGCUUAAAAAUUGUUAAACGUUUUUAACGAUUACAAUUUAUGUAAUUUAAAGAACUGUGAAUGCCUGCAAAACAUUUAAAUAUCACCAAAAGCGUAGUUUCUGUGCCCUUGAAGCAAUUUAUAAGGAAAUUGUCGUUUCAAAUUUUUGACUUAGCAAUAUCAUUUUUCAGAGAAUAUUCCUUAAACAUUUUAACAGACAGAUAAUUAUUAUAUGUGAGGAAUCUAAUUUUCGAUUUAUUAAAAGUGCUUGUUAUUAAAUUAAAUUUUGCUAGGCUUACGACCAAUAAAAUAAUUAAAGUAACAUUUAUACAAUUUAAUUGUACCUAAAUAGUGUAGGGGACGUAUUGUUAUGGUUAAAUUCUUUUGACAUAUCAAAGAGAAAAAAAUAUCUAUUAGAAGUUGUCGUUGCGUUUGCGUGCGCGCGCGUGUAAACGUCACCUGUGUCUAUUUUCAUAUGUGGUACGCAGAUGUAAUUAGUGAACGCUAAUUAGUAGUAAUCUUAAUUUUAAAUUUUUAAUAAGAAUUCAAUUUUGGAAUUAUAGCAAUUAUAAAAAGAAACUAAGGGAGCACAAAUGCAGAAUAUAUUUGUAAAAUACAACAUUUAACAAAUAAAGCAUCAGAGAUGAAGGAAUUUUUAUCUUCACUUAAAAAUUCUUUAAAUAUUAGGAUGACACUUCUUCAUCAUUCAGCUUUUAUAUAAAAGUAUGUUAUUAACUUAAAUAUUUAUUAAUGGUACAAGUAAAGAGUUACUAACUUAGAAAUCAGUAAAUUAAGUUCAUGAUACUCGUUUAUAAAAAUGAUGGAGGAGAGGAAACUUGCUGAACAUGUUUGCAUACCCUAGAUUCCAGACUUGUUCUCUUUCCAAGGCGCUUCAAGCCUGCAGGUCUUCAACACAAACUUAGUUAUUUCUUCUUCAACUAUAGACGUUCAGUUUGCAUUAAUUUUAUGGAGAUAUCUUUACGAACUGCUGUAAUGUAUUUUUCUAUUUUCUGAUAACGUAUGUAAGAAUGAAAAGUAUCGGUCAUAGUCUUUAUGAUUUGUCUGAGACACAUUUUUUAGUACAGGGCUUACAGUUAUUGAGUAGUCAUACUUUUAGAUUAUGAACAGUUUUUCCUAUUUUGCACCAAAACUAUAUAAAGAAUAAUAACUCUGUAAUAUAAUAGUGCGUAAAGGUACCACAUUUAAAGCUAGAAUAAAAUAAUAUGUACGCAGAACCUGAUAAAAGCUUUUGUCGUUAUUAUAUUAAUAGAAUUAUUGAUUACAUUUUUUAUUAUAGAUUGGAAUUUUAAUUGUUAUUUUAGUAACAGUUUAGGUUAGUGGCGAGAGUUCUUCUACAAAACAGAUUUAUCUGAUACAUGAUUGAUAAUAAAAAGGCAUUUUUAUUUA